UUGUUAGUGGAUGACAAUCCCAUUAACCUCAAGAUUCUUAUAUGCUUCAUGAAAAAGUUGAAGCAAUCGUAUCAAACCGCAAGCAAUGGCGAGGAAGCCGCCAUAUCCUACAAAGCAGAUCCAGGGCGGUAUGCAUGCAUUCUGAUGGAUAUUUCCAUGCCAGUAAUGGAUGGACUGGAGGCAACACGGCAAAUACGGGCAUUUGAACGCUACAACGACAUUAAACCGUCACUAGUGCUGGCCAUAACCGGUCUGGCAUCCGAGACAAAACCGACGAAGAUAAAAGAGUUGGAGGUUAUACUUACAUCUCAGGGAUUACUAUCAUAG